AUGGAAAGCACUAUUUCCGGAAAGAACGAAAUAGAAUUGAGGAAUUUUAAUGAUGAUUAUAAACAUUUUUCAUUAGUUCGAAAUUUUCAUCUUGCGGAUUUCAUUACUUUAGCAAAUGGUUUAUGUGGUUCAUACUCUAUUUUUUCAUGCAUACAGUAUAUGAUCACAAAAGAAGAAUGGUUCCUCUGGUUUGGCAUGUUACUCAUGCCAUUAGGAAUGUUGUUUGAUUUAUUGGAUGGAAAAGUGGCCAGAUGGAGAAAUUCUUCUAGUAUUUUGGGCCAGGAAUUAGACUCAUUAGCGGAUUUGAUAUCAUUCGGAGUUGCUCCUGCAGUGUGCGGUUUUGCUGUAGGAAUACGCACAUUCGCUGAUACUAUGGUCCUUUCGGUUUUUAUAGCUUGUGGUAUCGCUCGUUUGGCCCGUUAUAAUGCAACUGUUGCAUCUCUUCCAAAGGACUCUUCUGGUAAAAUUAGUUACUUUGAAGGAACUCCAAUUCCAACUACAAUGACCAUAGUAGCGAUAAUCGCUUAUUUUGUUAAGGAGGGACAAAUAGAUGAUAAUUUACCGGGUGGAGUGAUUGAAAUAUUUCCAAAUAUUAUGUUACAUCCGUUUGUAUCAUUAUAUGCAUUGAGUGGGAUUGCAAUGAAACAGGAAUAA